AGGAGUGGAUGGGAAGGGAGGACUCACCAGCCAAUAACUACGGGAAUCUUCCCGUAAAAGGCCACGCACUGAUUAUUUAUUGGAAAUCUGCCAACGCGCGCGCGCGUGUGUGUGUAUUUACUGGAAGAACCUCAGAGCUGAGGAGGUGGAGCCUUCGCUCUACUCGUUGACCGCGGUAACACAGCUACCUCCGUUUGCUGGAGAGAGAAAGAGUGAGAGUGAGAGAGAGAGAGAGAGAGAGAGAGAGAGAGAGAGAGAGAGGGGACGCCGACGUCUUUACCGAUACACUCCUCCGUCGGUUAGAAGAGGCAGUCUAUUCAGAGUUAAUGACCAAGUUAAUAAAUGAUUUAACACAUAGACAUUCGGGGACUUUGGAUAUUUUCUCCCUGGAGAGGAACGCUGGACCCCGAAACAGGAACAAUCUCCAAGGUAAAUAAACAGGCUCCAUACCGGGGCAUAGAGUGCUGCUGGUGCUGUAAAUGGUGCAUAAAAUAGCACACUGCAUAUGUGUGUAACAGUCCACAUGUUAAGCAAGACGUUGUAAUUGCGCAAAAACAUGAUUAUCAUAACGGCGAUAUGGGAAGCCAUUUGUGCCUCCAAAACAUCACAGGGAACCAGCUCUACUACAGGCAGUUUAAUGGCGUAAUGCAGAACAGGACUUUGCUUUUGAGAUGUAUUAUACUCAUUCUCCUUAUUCCAGAUAGACACACAGAGAUAGACAGUGCUAUGUUGUACACUCUUGGAAGGAAAUAAGCCUCAAAUAGCCUUUUGGUGUUCAACAGAUUGCCACAUACCUUUUUUUCAGGUCAAAACUGUUCCUUGAGGAACCUCUCUGAAAAGGUUCUUCAAGGAACCCCUGUGUAAAGCUUAUAACAGUAACCUUUUUGUGAUGCAAGGGGUUACAUUUUGAACCUAUUCAAUAAUAUAUUGUAGUGGCAACAGCCUAUCAGAAGAUUGGAGGCAUGACUUUUAGUUAUUUUUGUCCCCACUGUAAGAGUAAAUGUUAUUCAUGUUAACCCUUUGCUAUAUUGAAACAUUAAAGGUUGUUCCAAGAACCCCUCAACUAACCGACGGUGAAAAUAUGAACCCAUUGACUGCAAUGGCUCCUUGAGGAACUCCAGGUUUCCUCGAGUCAGCCUACUCUCUUAGAAUUAGGGGCUGUCUGCAGUAGGUGGUCUCUCUGAGGUCCUCUUUGGACUGCUCCUCAGUGUCGUCGCUCUGGGAAACGUGUGUGCACCCCCCUCCUCCCCACUUUCCUCACGCCCUCUCCCCCCUCCUCCCUCACGUCAUCGCUCCCUUUCCUCCCCUCCUUCCUCACGCCCUCACCCUUUCCCCACAUCGCAAACCCUCUUCAUCCCUUCUUCUCUCUCUCCCUCCUGCCCCCUACUCUCCCUCGCCCCUCCCUGCUCUGGACCCCCCACCCCUCGGUCAACGAGCCGAGCGUGGGGGUCAGGGCGCCAUGGUAACCCACAGCAGGCGCGACCCCCCCACCAUGAGCAGCAUGACCCCCCCAGAGCCCAGAGGUCAUGGGUCUCGUGUGCACCCCCUGCGCUAUAAACCCUUCAGCUCACAUGCACACUACCAACAGGUGCUGUGUGCAGUGCGUAAGCUACAAGAGAGUGGGUUUUACUGGGGUGCAGUGGGGGGUCGUGAGGCUAGCUCUCUGCUCCGCUCCCAGCCCCCCGGGACCUUCCUGGUUCGAGACUCAUCCGACCACCACUACUUCUUCACACUGUCGGUCCAGACGGCCCGCGGGACCAAGAACCUCCGUAUCCACAGCCAGGGGGGAAGCUUUUACCUGCAACCCGACUCGUGCUGCACACACAUGCCCCCGCGCUUCGACUGUGUGCUCAAACUGAUUGGACACUACAUGGGGAAGGAAGGAAGAGGUGGAGAAGCAGCAGGAGGAGGAGAGGGGGAGGCUGGGGUAAGGGCGGGGGGAGGCACGGCUGCGCCGGAAGGAGAGACUGUGGGGUCGGGGACUGGGAGUGUGUAUCUGAUCCACUCAGGGGGAGAGAAGGUUCCGUUGGAGCUGCGUAGACCCCUCCCCUCCUCCCUGUCCUCCCUCCAACACCUGUGUAGGAGGACCCUGAACGGACACCUCGGGGGCUCGGUCAGCCCCGACACACACCAGCUCCCUCACACACUCAGGAACUUCUUGGAGGAGUACGAUGCCCCCAUCUAACACACACAUACAAACAAAAACACACAUACUCACACAGUUCAGGUUUGGGGUUUCCCCUCUAACGGUUGAGGAUAGGAUUUGGAAAGGGUAAGCUGUUCCAGAUCGAUGCCACCGCUUUCUUACCAAGGGGAGCCUAAUAUAGGUAACCAUUGAUACGCCUCCGCUCCUGGACAGACCGUUGAUGGGAGUCAAGACGAGACUGGUAGGGUUAAAAGUCGUUGCCCUCUCAGCCAGUGACCCAAUCUCCCAGCGGGUGCUGUGAUUGGGUAGUCAAAAAGAUUGAUAGGUCGAUAAUGCAGAACGUGGACCCGCCACACAUGCAUGCAAACACAUACACACUGCUGUGUGUGGCUUUAGGAAUGUAGCCAGAAGGUUGUUUUGGGUUUGUUGUGCUGCUGUGGCUGAGGUAUAGCUCCUUCUAUUGAUCAACAGAGGCUUUCAUCUCCUCCCUUUUUCUCCUGUUUGACAUGUAGAAUGGGCUCAAUGGACUGCGAGAGGGAGGGAAAGGAAGCGAGAGACAAGGAGAGCAGCGUAAUGAGAGUGUCUGGAGAACAGCAGUAUGUCAAACGAAGGGGCCAAAAGCAGAGUGAAAGUGUUUGUGUGUGUGGUGUCGUACACAUUUCCACUGCUGUAUGCCAACUAGCAUUGCCUCAUAGGAGGGUGUGGGGGAUCAUGGCUGAAGACAGCCACUAGCCUCACAAACAUACACAAGACACCACGUACGUAUGUACAUACAGCUUACAGUGCUGUGAAAGUAUUUGCCCACUUUCAAAUUGUCUCUACUUUUGCAUAUUUUUGAUACUGAAUGUUAUUAGAUCUUCAACCAAAACCUAAUAUUAAAUACAGGGAACCCGAGUGAACAAAUAACACAAUUAUAUACUUAUUUCAUAAACACAGUUAGGCAACACCCAAUGCCCCUGUGUGUGAAAGUAAUUGCCCCCUUACACUCAAUAACUGAUUGUGCAAUCUUUAGCUGCAAUGACUGCAACCAAAUGCUUCCUGUAGUUGUUGAUCCGUCUCUCACGUCGCUGUGUAGGAAUUUUGGCCCACUUAUGCAUGCAGAAGUGCUUUAAGUCAUUGACAUUUGUGGGUUUUCAAGCAUGAACUGUUUGUUUGAAGUCCUGCCACAACAUCUCAAUUGGGAUUAGGUCUGUACUUUGACAAGGCUUCAAAUUUGUUUCUUUUUAGCCAUUUUCAUGUAGACUUUAUUGUUUGUUUUGGAUCAUUGUCUAGCUGCGUGACCCAGCUGCGCUUCAGCUCACAGACGGAUGGCCUGACAUUCUCCUGUAGAAUUCUCUGAUACAGAGUAGAAUUCAUGGUUCUGUCUAUUAAGGCAAGUGGUCCAGGACCUGAGGCAGCUGGGUCAUGCAGCAAGACAAUGAUCCAAAACACACAAUCAGGUCUACAUGAAAAUUGUUAAAAAGCAACACAUUUUAAGUUUUGGAAUGGCCUAGUUAAAGUCCAGACCUAAUCCAAAUUGUGAUGUUGUUGCAGGACUUGAAACAAGCAGUUUAUGCAUGAAAACCCACAAAUGUCAUUGAGUUAAAUCAGUUCUCCAUGCAAGAGUGGGCCUAAAUUCCUCCACAGCGAUGUUGGAAAAAAUAUGCAAAAAUAGAGAAUCAAAAAGGGGGCAAAUUCAUUUUCACGGCACUGUAACUGCAGCUUUGGUAGCUCUUCUGUUAGAAUGUGAUGGAGAUGCCUCUGUGUCUUUGUCUUUCUUCCCAUCUCUCCAUCCAUCUACUCACUAUAGAAGAUUUAUGAUAACACUAACACCGCUCACUCGCUUAUUUAUAUAAAUAAAUAGAUCUCUCUCUCACUCAACCCCAAAGCUAACAGUGGAUCUUAUUUUAGUUCCUGGCAGGCAGAAACAACAUGUGUCCUAAAUGCUACCUUAUUCCCUUUAAAGUACACUAGCCCUGGUCAAAAGUAGUGCACUGUAUAUAAAAUUGGGUGCCAUUUGGGACACAGUCAGAAACAAAAACCGAAGCCGAACAUAGUCAGUAGUGCGGGGGGGGGAUUGAAUGGUGAGGGAUUGAAGGGUGAGGGAAGAGUGCUGAAGAUGAGUAUGGCUGAGGCUGGAUGAGGGGGGGGGACAGGCAAGGAUGAUUGGGGGAGAAGCGGUAAUAGUGAGUGAGUGGUGAGGGAUGAGUAGGCAAGAUUGUUUUCAAACUGGGCCACAGAGACAACAAAUCCUUCAUUUGAAGAGGAUGAUGUCGUGUUUAGCUAAAUCCAUGUCUUCCUGAUAGGAGCCUAGCUAGUAGAAGAGCAACGUUUGUAAUUUUUAACAUCUAUUAUCGUCAUAUCAACCUAAUGUGUCGCACCAGCUCAGCUACAUGUGUGUGUCAGAAGUACUUGUCUUUUAUAAAGACUGCUCAUGACCUCGCCACUAGACUGGCAGACAGUGCAAGCCCAACUAUCUGGAACAACAAAAAACUAAAAGCAUUUCAGAAGAGAAAUUAAAGAUUGAACUUUGCACAUAUUUAUAUUUCUAAGAUAUUUCAACAAUGUAUAUUAAAGAGCACUAUUUUUACAAAAUUGAA